AUGCCCAUCUCCAAGAAGGACCGUAUCCACCGCGAGCACAAGAAGGCCGAGGCCGCUGGCACGCGCAUUCCCGUCAACCCCAACGGCACUCCUGUCAAGAAGCCCAAGGCCACGUCUAUCUGCGUCUUCUGCAAGAAGGAGUUGACCAGCUCCAACCUCGCCAUCCUCGAGCAGCACGCCAGCACCCACCCCGAUGUCUGGACCAAGGAGAAGUGCUGGCCCAACGAGUUCAAGUAA